UCGUCUCUCUCCUCUGGCUACGGCUGUGGCUUUGACCUGUUAAAACUAUUACAUUUAUAAUAAUAUAACAGGCCGCCAUUAACGAUUGAUCGGAUAAUUCCAGUAUGGAGCUCAGCUCAUCAUCAUCAUCAUAAAAGUCAGACUCAUCUUCAUUCCGUGUUUUAUCUACUAAUUCCCUCCACCAACAUCCAUUUCCAUCUUCUCCCAUCCCAUCCCAUUCAUCAUCAUCAUGCCCCCGGAAAAUCAGCUUCUCUUUGCUGCUUUAACGGCCAUCUCUGUAUGCUUUCUUGUUAGAUUCUUCCUCAAAACUUCGAUUCUAUACCUUCUUCGGAGAUGGUGGAAAUCGAUGACCGACGUUUUUCAUGCAUAUCAGUUCUAUAAAGUUCCGCAGUUCAACGAGCAUCUACAGGAAAACCAACUCUACCGAAAGGUAACCACUUAUCUCAAUUCAUUGGCUUCCUCGGAGGAUCUAGAGUUCGCAAAUCUCUUCUCCGGUAACAAGUCCAAUGAAAUCAAUCUCGUCCUUGAUCCACAUCAGACCGUCGCCGAUAAGUUUCUCGGCGCUAAAGUGUUCUGGAAUAACGAGAAGUCGGAGAGGGACUGUUCUAGAGUUCUGGUACUCAAGAUUCGGAGAAGCGAUAAGCGUCGGAUUCUCCAACCUUAUCUUCAGCAUAUACACGCCGUUUACGACGAAAUCGAGCAGAGAAGGAAGGAGGUGAGGCUGUUCUUCAACGCUGAAGCCGCGAAUUCAAACGGACGAUGGAGAUCGGUGCCUUUCACACAUCCAGCAACGAUAGACACCAUCGCCAUGGAAUCAGAUCUUAAGAACAAGAUAAAGUCCGAUCUGGAAACGUUUCUUAAAUCGAAACAGUAUUAUCAUCGGUUAGGUCGUGUAUGGAAACGGAGUUACCUUCUCUACGGACCUUCCGGUACCGGAAAAUCUAGCUUCGCAGCAGGAAUGGCGAAAUUCCUAAGCUACGAUGUUUAUCACAUCGAUUUGUCAAAAAUUCAAGACGAUUCAGAUAUGAAGAUGCUGUUAUUACAAACGACGCCGAAAUCAAUAAUCCUAAUCGAAGAUCUGGAUCGAUACCUAGCGGAGAAAUCAGCUUCUGGAUUGAGUCUUUCUAGUAUGUUAAACUUCAUGGACGGAAUAUUCUCCUGCUGCGGCGAAGAACGUAUCAUGAUCUUCACUAUGAACUGUAAAGAACAAACAGAUCCGUCGAUUCUCAGGCCAGGAAGAAUCGACGUUCACGUACAGUUUACUUUAUGCAAUUUCACUACAUUCAAGAGCUUAGCCAGCAGUUACUUAGGGCUUAAAGAACACAAGCUUUUCCCUCAAGUUGAAGAGAUGUUCCAAAGCGGAGUAUCAACCCUAAGUCAAGCCGAGAUUGGAGAAAUCAUGAUUUCAAAUCGUUCCUCGCCUAGCCGAGCACUCAAAUCGGUUAUAAAUGCUCUGCAAACGAAACGUGAGAUUCCCGGGCAGGACGAAGUCAGGCAGAGGCUAAUCAAGAGCGGAUCGGGGAGGCCGCCGCCGCCUCCGGCGGCGGCGCCGACGACGACGGAGGAGGAGAUUGAGUCGACGUCGAUCUUCUCGAGAGAAGGCGGUUCACAUAUCAAGAAAUUGUAUGGGCUUCUGAGGGCGAAGAGUAGCAGGAGGGGGGAAUCAUUGGAUUUGGAUUCGAUUGAGAAAGAGAAUAAUUUAUCUCAUCUUCAAGAGAAUCAACCAUAGGUAAAAUGGAAUUUCAAUAAAUUUUCCCUGUAUUUGUUUGUUUGAUUGUUUGUUAUUUUGAUUUCUUAGGUUAAAAUAUAAUUCAUUGAUCACGUAACAGUGAUUUGUUUAUUGCAUUAUUAUUAUAUAUAUAUAUUUUUUACAAUAUUCGAAUAGAAAUCGGCCAAAUAAUUGUGGCAAUUAUUUUGGAUAAUUUAAUGAAGAGAUGAAUGAUUUUGUGGAGAACAUGUUAUAAUUA